CAGCAAUUCUGUCUUUAAAAGCUGGUCGGCACCCUCCCACCCGAACAACUAAGAGCCACCAACUACACCAUUAACGAACGAUAAGAGCCAGCCUCUUGUUCUAGAGGCGUAGGUUAGAACUUUGCGCUAGAUUCCUUGUUACCACCAGCUUCUCCGACGAAACCAGCCGAACACCAUCCAAGCCGGUCGAGUGCGUAAGAAGAUGGCUGGGCUGUGCACCGCGAAUAAGAGAGGAAUGGAGGCGGAUGAGGAGGGGCGCCCAGCGAGAUUCGGACACCCGCGCAAACCGACAGCCACACCUGCCGCCUGGUAUCCUCCGGCCUUUUGGAGGUUGCGACCAAACUUACAUUCCACGUGGAGCUUCGCGCCGGAGAUCCGACAUCCUUUAUCCAAAGCUAGCGUUUGUGCGACGUGGUCCGCCAGGUUACCUGAUUGAAUCUAUCCUUAAAGCCCAAAAUCCAACCGUGGAGGGCUGGAGAAAAUCUGGAUCAUCGGGCAUCUACGGACUAACUGUUUUGGUGGGGUUUUAUCGAGCCCCACGCGACCCGGGCAGGCAGCCCCGCGGCCAUAACAGAGGCCUCACCUCCGCGGAGGCGCACCGGCCUGCAGGGCCACAUCACAAGAAAAGACAUCUUCCUUUCCCUUGCUUUUGGUUGUCCCGUUCGGCCGCAGUCCCUACCUCGUGGUGUUUUUCGGGCUCCGUUAGGUGGGUUCGGUAAAGGGGUAGUUGGGCAGCAACCUCUAUCUACACCAGGAUACCAUUUCCGCCGCCCUUCAGAUCGACCAAGCGUUCGUUACCACCCCUCACACGACUGUCGUAUGCAUAGCAAACCAGGAUGCGCUAACUGCAGGUUUGUUCCUAUUUUCACCCAAUGUGCGGAAGCCCCGUCAGCCCCUCGAAGCAUCGCUUCUUGUUCCCGCAUGCCUAGCCGCCGUGGGGCGUCCUUAACAUGCAAUAAAAUCGGUGCGUGAACCAACUAGAACGCGACCUUUGCCAAUACUAGCAGCACCCGCGCCCACGUCGGCAUCGCCUCCUAUUUCCACGUCAAGAACCCAAGUCAAUAACAGACUCGAGCCCAAUAUCGCCAAAGUUUCCCGUCGCCGCUCCUUUCGCUUUGCUGCGUAUCGCCCCCUUUCCUCUCUCUUCUCCUCGACUGAUUUACUCCCUUUUUUUUCUUGUCUUCCCUGCCUUCCUUUUCCUUGCUUGCCUCCGAUAACUUGUUAUAUUCCAUCUUCCUCCUGUCCCGGCAUCCACUAUGUCGGACCCCGGCAAAUACACAAUCGGGUGGAUCGCCGCCAUUCCAACCGAGCUCGUCGCCGCCACGCUCUUCCUCGAUGGAGAAGAACAUGACCGCCCUGAUUACCUCGACCCGAACGACACCAACGAUUACACCCUGGGCACGAUCGGGCGCCACAACGUUGUGAUAGCCGGCCUCCCCAAAGGAGAAUAUGGGACAACAGCGGCGGCAGUCGUGGCUGCCAACAUGCUACGCAGCUUCCCCAACCUCCGAUUCGGGCUCAUGGUUGGUAUCGGAGGCGGGGCGCCGAGCAAAGAGCACGAUAUACGCCUCGGCGACGUUGUGGUUAGCAGCCCCGGUGGAGGCAAAGGCGGCGUACUCCAAUAUGACUUUGGAAAGACGAUUCAGAACCAGGCUUUUCACCAUACUGGGUUUUUGGAUCAGCCGCCAAUGACACUUCGGACUGCGAUGGGCGGUCUGGAAAGGCGGCAUAAGGUUCACGGCCAUCAAUUCAAGUCUCGGGUCGCUGAAGUCCUGAGAAACAAGCCGCGCCUCUACCAGGAAUACUCUCGUCCAAGCUACACGAGCGAUAGGCUGUAUCGGUCCCAUGUUGUGCAUUCCGACAGCUGCAGCAAUGCAGCGUGCAGCAGUGAUCCCAAGCACCUUAUCACCCGGCAGAAACGAGGCGAGCACGAAGACGAUCCCGCGAUCCACUACGGGUUGGUUGCCAGCGCCAAUCAAUUGAUGAAGGACGCCCAGAUUCGGGACAAGCUGGCGGCGGAGCAUGGCGUCCUCUGCUUCGAGAUGGAGGCGGGCGGUUUGAUGAACCACUUCCCUUGCCUGGUGAUCCGGGGCAUCUGCGACUACUCGGAUUCGCACAAGAACAAGGAAUGGCAAGGUUUUGCCGCCAUGACGGCGGCAGCGUAUGCGACGGAUCUUCUGAGGCAGAUUGUGCCCAGUCAGGUCGACGCCGAAAAAAGGAUAGAGGAGGUUCUUGGCGCAGUUAAGGAAAUUAAGGAAACCGUACAAAAAACGGAAAAGGGCGUUAAUAAUCUAGUCACUCAAGCCUGCCUGCAAAAGCUUCCGGAGGCAAAAGGCGCUGCAUUCGACGCCCAGGCAAACGAACACGACCCCAGCUGCCACCCCAACACCCGCGUGGGCCUGCUUGCCCAUAUCCACAGCUGGAUCCAGGAUCCUAACGGGGAGAGCAUAUUCUGGCUGCGCGGCAUGGCCGGCACCGGCAAAUCGACCAUUUCUCGGACCGUGGCCAAAACACUCGCUGACACAAAGGUGCCCAGCGCCAGCUUCUUCUUCAAAAAGGGCGAAGGCGACCGGGGCAGCGCGGCCAUGUUCUUCACCACCAUCGUUACUCAGCUCCUCCACCAGCUGCCGGCUUUGGCCCCGCACGUCCAGAACGCGAUCGAAAGCGACUCGGCCAUCGUCAACAAACCUAUGGGAGAGCAGUUCAAGAAGCUCUUCUUGGAGCCGCUGGACAAAUGCAAGGGCGACGUCCCGGGGCCGCUUGCCGUGGUGGUCGACGCGCUUGACGAAUGCGAUCGGGAAGAUGACGCCACCACCUUGGUUAGCCUUUUGUCUAGAGCAAAGGAAGCAACGUCGGUUCGGAUCCGAUUCUUUGUCACCAGCAGACCCGAGCUGCCCAUAUGCCUUGGCUUUAAGGACAUCGGCGACAGCUACAAAGACCUGGCCCUUCAUGAAAUUCCCGCAGCCGAUGUCAGAGAGGACAUCUCCACGUUUCUUCGCUCGGAGCUAGCUCGAAUCCGGCACAAUUUCAACAAGGAGCUGGCACCUCCGGAGCUGCCGCCAGAUUGGCCUCCGUCCACCAAGCUGGAAAGUCUUAUCGACAUGGCUGUACCGCUCUUCAUCUUCGCAUCGACAGCUUGCCGCUUUAUUGCCGAUAGCGAUUCCGGUGACCCCGGGGAGCAACUGGACAAGAUCCUCGAGUACGGGAAAAAGGGCGGACCGUCUCAGCUUCACACGACAUAUCUGCCAAUUCUGAAUCAGCUUCUUCUCAAGCGCACAAAUUCAGGAUUGGUCAGUCGUACAGAGAAUGAGAAAGCCGAAAUAGUUAGGUGGUUCCGCGAAAUUGUCGGCACUAUCGUACUCCUCGCCGAUCCUCUCCCCACCGCAGCGCUGGCACGACUCCUUAGCACCCAGGUAAAUGUCAACUCGAAGCUACGCGGCUUGCAUUCUGUCCUUAACAUUUCAAACGACCCCCUCGUCCCUGUCAAACUGCUCCAUCUGUCUUUUCGCGACUUCCUCGUGGACGACGAAAACCGCGAUGCGAACCCAUUUUGGGUUAACAAGCAGGACACCCAUGAGCGGCUGGCAAACCGCUGCCUCGAAGUGCUGUCAACCGGCGACAACCUUAAGAGAAACGUUUGCGGCCUGCGUCUGCCCGGGACGCUCCGGGACGAGAUCAGCCCGCAGACUAUCAGUGCCGCCCUGCCGCCCUGCGUUCAAUACGCUUGUCGAUACUGGGUACACCAUUGGAAUGAAAGUAAACGGCGGAUACGGGACGGUGAUCUCGUCGACCGCUUUCUGACUAAGCAUCUCCUGCAUUGGCUUGAAGCGUUGGCCAUUAUAGGGCGGAUCGGGGAGGGUACCAAUAUGGUAAACGACCUGCUAGGCCUGCUCCAUCCGGAAAACAGCACAGCAGUAUCGGCGCUUCUUCGUGAUGUACGGCGGGUUAUUCUAAGUCAUUGCUCGAUUAUGGACGUAUCGCCUCUCCAGCUCUACUGUUCUGCUAUUGUAUUUGCGCCGGAGGAAAGCGUCGUCCGAAAAAAGUUUCGUAACCAGUUUCCGACCUGGCUUUCAUUAGUACCGCGGGUGGAUCAGAAUUGGGAUGCGUGUUUACAAACGCUCGAGGGGCAUAGCGGCUCGGUCGAAUCGGUCGCGUUUGCGCACGACGGCAAGACGGUUGCGUCGGCGUCCUGGGAUAAGACCGUUAAGCUCUGGGACACGGCGACGGGCCGCUGUCGAGCGACGCUCGAGGGCCACAGCGGCUCGGUCGAAUCGGUCGCGUUUACGCACGACGGCAAGACGGUCGCGUCGGCGUCCGGCGAUAAGACCGUCAAGCUCUGGGACACGGCGACGGGCCGCUGUCGAGCGACGCUCGAGGGCCACAGCGGCUGGGUCGAGUCGGUCGCGUUUACGCACGACGGCAAGACGGUCGCGUCGGCGUCCUGGGAUAAAACCGUUAAGUUUUGGGACACGGCGACGGGCCGCUAUCGAGCAACGCUCGAAGGCCACAGCAGCUCGGUCGACUCGGUCGUCGACGACGUCCUCUCAGUCGCGUUUACGCACGACGGCAAAACAGUCGCGUCGGCGUCCCGCGAUAAGACCGUUAAGUUUUGGGACACGGCGACGGGCCGCUGUCGAGCAACGCUCGAAGGCCACAGCAGCUCGGUCGACUCGGUCGUGUUUACGCACGACGGCAAAACGGUCGCGUCGGCGUCCCGCGAUAAGACCGUCAAGCUCUGGGACACGGCGACAGGCCGCUGUCGAGCGACGCUCGAAGGCCACAGCGACUGGGUCAAGUCGGUCGUGUUUACGCACGACGGCAAAACGGUCGCGUCGGCGUCCAGCGAUCAGACCGUCAAGUUUUGGGACACGGCGACGGGCCGCUGUCGAGCGACGCUCGGGGGCCACAGCGGCGGGGUCUAUUCGGUCGCGUUUGCGCACGACGGCAAGACGGUCGCGUUGGCGUCCUACGAUGAGACCGUCAAGCUCUGGGACACGGCGACGGGCGACUGUACCACGACACUUGAUGUUGGCACGACCGUUACUCAUCUCGCCUUCGAUGCCACCAGCUCCUCUCUCUUCACCAAUGCCGGCAGAUUUUCCCCCAAUCAUCCACCACUAAUAUCACCUUCGUUACAAAAAACAGCAAAAGCGCCGCUAGCGCAGCCGGCAGUCGCCGUAUCCGAUCACCCGUUGCGCACCGAUCAGAAAGGCAUUGGGCUAAGCGACGGCCUAUGGGUUACCUGGGGCUUGCACAGGGUGCUGUGGCUGCCGCUGGCGUACCGACCGGGGCACCGACCGCGAGAGUCGGCCGUGAUGCGAUCGAUGCUGGCUAUCGGGACCCAGUCGGGACGCGUCGUCCUCAUCGGUCUCGCCGAUACAACCUUCUCAUCUAGCUCGUCUCUCUAGUCUUGAUUUCCAUAAAUAUAUAACUAUUUAUCUCUAUCUCUUUGCUUUAGAAGGGUCCAAAGUGGUACUCUGAAUUUAUAUCUGUGC